CCUUGCGAUGCCCUGUUUCGCCGCGAAGUUGAAGAAUCGACGGAGCGGCCAAAUACUGGUUAUUAUUUCAUCUUCGAAGUGGCGGAAAAGAGCGGCUGUUGGAGGAAUUUGGUAGUCGCUAGUUCGUCAAUUUCCUCUCUGUUUUUCCUGCAUUAUAAUGAUAUGUUAUUCAUUUUCAAUUACUACUAUAGAAUUGGAAGAAAGCAAAUCAGAUUCCAUGAACUGAAUUAUCUAAAUAAGUUUCAGAAAGGUAGUGCUAAUUCUGCUUUUGUUCUGAAUGGAGUUAUCUAUAAAUGCUUAGGCCAUUUUUGUUUACACCUUUUAGCAUGUAGUGAACACUGCGCAUUUUUCUCGUCUUCUUCUCGGAGAGAUUCGAGUUUCGGUCGUAGUUUAAGAACUUACUGCACUGAUACUUAUGGGAGAAAUAAUAGGUUUGAUGCUGCAAAUGACGAAUUUCAGAAAACUGAUUUGGAGGAUUCCGGAGAUUCGAGUUUCUUUGGAAAUCCUAAUGAGGAACAUGAAAAGGAUCGGCACUUAAAGUUCGGUGAUGAUAUAGUGGCCGAAGAGUCUAAUGACGAGGAAGAGGAAGAUGGGGAUCUUGGUGAUGCCGCGGAUCUUUUGGGGUUUAAUUUGUCUAUUAGAAAUCACGGACAAGGAAAUGAUUUCAAAAGAGUUGAAAUUGGUGAAGAUAUAUUUAGAUAUCCCUUAGUGAGAGAUACUUGUAAAUUGAUAAAGCUAAGUUCCUCUUGGAGUCGGAAGUUUGAAGGCGAAUUGAGGUAUUUAGUAAGAAGCCUAAACCCGCAGCAGGUUUGUGCUGUUUUGCUCUCUCAGGAAGACGAACGAAUUGCUUUGCAGUUCUUCUAUUGGGCAGAUAGAUUGUGGCGGUAUAGACACGAUUCAUCUGUGUACUUAGUUAUGCUUGAGAUACUAAGUAAGACCAAAUUAUGUCAAGGUGCUAAACGGGUUCUCCGACUUAUGACACGUAGAGGAAUUCAGCUUUGGCCUGAAGCUUUUGGCUUUGUAAUGGUGUCAUAUAGUCGGGCAGGAAGAUUAAGGGAUGCAAUGAAGGUCUUGACCUUGAUGCAGAGGGCAGGUGUUGAACCUAAUUUGUCAAUUUGUAACACUGCAAUCCAUAUUUUGGUCGUGGGAAAUGAGUUAAAAAAGGCAUUGAAGUUUGCAGAACGUAUGGUACUUAUUGGCAUUGCCCCCAAUGUUGUGACUUAUAACUGUUUGAUCAAGGGCUAUUGUAAUGUGCAUCAGGUUGGCCAAGCCAUGGAACUGAUUGAUCAAAUGCCAUCUAAGGGAUGUUUCCCAGAUAAAGUUAGUUAUUAUACUGUCAUGGGAUUCCUCUGUAGAGACAAGAGGGUGAAUGAAAUUAGGGAAUUGAUGAAGAAAAUGCAGAUGGACAGUAACUUAUUACCAGAUCAUGUUACUUACAAUUCUCUAAUCCAGAUGCUUUCAAAGUAUGGCCACGGAGAUGAGGCUCUAGAGAUUCUUAGAGAAGCAGAAGAAUUGCGAUUUAAGGUUGACAAGGUUGAGUAUAGUGCAAUAGUUCAUGCAUACUGCAAGGAAGGAAAGAUUAAGAAGGCAAAAGAGCUUGUUGGUGAGAUGUUCUCCAAGGGCUGUGAUCCAGAUGUUGUAACAUACACCUCUGUCCUUGAUGGGUUUUGUCGUAUAGGGAAACUUGAUCAAGCAAAAAAGAUGAUGCAACAGAUGUAUAAGCAUCACUGCAAACCUAAUGCUGUAACGUAUACAACAUUGCUAAAUGGUCUUUGCCGCAAUGGAAAAUCAUUAGAAGCUAGAAAUAUGAUGAAUAUGAGUGAGGAAGAGUGGUGGACACCUAAUGCCAUUACUUAUAGUGUUGUAGUUCAUGGGUUACGCCGGGAAGGGAAACUGAACGAAGCUUGUGAUGUAGUGAGGGAGAUGAUUGGAAAAGGUUUCUUUCCUAAUCCAGUUGAAAUUAACUUAUUGAUACAAUCUCUUUGCCGGGAUGGGAAACCAUACGAAGCUAAUCAGUUACUGAAGGAGUGCAUGAACAAGGGUUGUGCUGUUAAUGUAGUCAAUUUCACCACUGUCAUUCAUGGAUUUUGUCAGAAAGAUGAUUUGGAAGCUGCACUGUCAUUGUUCGAUGACAUGUACCUUUGUAACAAGCACCCUGAUUCCGUGACAUACACAACAGUAAUUGAUGCACUGGGCAAGACUGGCCGUAUGGAAGAAGCCACUGAACUUACAAUGAAGAUGCUUAGGCAAGGGUUGGUUCCUUCUCCAGUUACAUUCAGGUCUGUCAUCCACCAGUAUUGUCGAAAGGGUAGGGUAGAAGAUUUGUUGAAAAUAUUGAAGAAGAUGCUUUUGAAAAGCAGAUUUCAAACAGCAUAUAAUUUAGUUAUUGAGAAACUAUGUAAAUUUGGAUACCUUGAGGAGGCCAGUAGCCUUUUGGGUGAGGUUUUGAGGACGGCUUCAAGAACUGAUGCUAAAACUUGUCAUGUACUUAUGGAGAGUUAUUUACGUGUUGGAAUUCCUAUGUCAGCAUAUAAAGUUGCUUGCCGAAUGUUCAAUAGAAAUCUAAUUCCUGAUUUAAAGUUAUGUGAGAAGGUCAGCAAGAGGCUUAUGAUAGAAGGAAAAUUGGAGGAGGCCGAUAGGCUUGUAUUUCGGUUUGUUGAGCGUGGUUGUGUCUCGGCUCAAGAACAAAAACACUUGCAGGACUAAUAUUUCUAACAAAUUAUCAUGGUUGACUUCAUAUGAACACAAUCUUUCUAUGCUUUGAAUAUUCAGAAUUGUUGGAUGCAUCAUGUAUUUCUCUUGUAAUCUUGAUUGAUGAUCCCAGCUGUUAUAAUCACCGUGGUUGGCCCCAGAGACUAGUUGCACACACACAUAUUCUUUAGUUAUGCAAAUCUAGUUAUUCCCUGGAACAUUAAUAUCCUAUGGGAUUUUACCGGGCUCUAAUUACUUCAGAGCUAGGCAGUAGUCCUAUGGAAUUUAUUAAGAGUUGAUCCGAUUCAGUUUAUCCUAAUCCAUGUAUGAUUAGAUGGCAAAUGAAGAAACAAAGAACGGAAAGAAGAUACCAGCUGCUUUAAGGAUUUCAAUCUCAAGUCAGGUUAAUAGCUGUCAUGCCUUAUAUUUCUUUUUCCUUAUGCCACUGGGGUCGAGUUUUAGGAACUCAAAGGGUGGGAUUCUGUUCUUUUCCAAAAUUUAAGAUACACAAGCCAAUGACAUAAGUUUCCAUCCCUCCUCAAGGUCUCUAUGUCCUAAAAUAGAAUAGAUGUCUAUGUAGAUGAGAAUUGCAUGUACAACAUCCACUUACAUAAAGUUGGUAGGAUGAUAUAUAAUACGGGCUAUACUCAGUCCUGAUAUUUCCUUGUUAUAAGCUGCUCAUGAUAGGGUUUGGCUCGGAACGUACUCAGGGUAAAAUUAUUUAUUUCUUUUGUUUUAUGAUAAACUUUGCCACAAAUUUUGCAGUUUGAAUCUCGUGCUGUUUCUCCUUUGUUGCUUCUGCUACAGGCUGGAAAGAAGAUCUUUUGCUGUUCCAUUUUUGUUGGCCCUUUUCUGGGUCCCUGUGACCCACUGCCCACAUCUCCCCUCCCCUCAAUGAAGUGGUUGGUCCAAUAGGAUCAAUUUUGUCUUUUGAUACAAUUGCUUUUGGCAAUUCAAAUCUAAAAAGGGAAAAAAAAAUCAUUAAUAUAGAUUAAACCUUAACUGCUUGCUGUUGCGACAUUGACUGCUAUAAGUAAGGGUUUAUAUAGAUUAAACAUUAACUGCUGUGGGACUUCUUUUUCAAUGACGUGUUUCUAGCUCUAAAUGCUUGGUUGGGUACUAUAAUACGCAUGUGAAAAAUCCCUAAUGUUGUUUGGGGGCUAUGGGAUCAUUGGUUAUGGGUAAGGAGCUUUGCCUUUCUAAUGUAAUCAGACAGUAUGACCACUGGGGCCGCAAUUUUGGUUCAUAGCAGGGCAGCCGGGUGCCUCACAAAUAUUUAAAGGUGUGGAGCUGGAGGACAAAAUUGUAAAGAAGUGAUCGAAUAUAACUUUGAAGAUACUUUCUGUCUCUCCCUCUAAUUCCAAAUUUAAUGGCAUAAGCCCUUUAGUUUUCGCUAAACUGGAUUAUAACAAAAAAUGCUAGAGUUCAUGCAUCAUGGGCAUCUUGCUUGAAACAGGAAGAUCCACUAAUAGUUUCUUUUGCAGAUGAGAAAUUCAAAAUGAUUUUAGUUCAUAAGAGCAUAUAGAAAUAUUAGUUAUUAGUUGUUACCCCUUCUGCCCUUGUCUCCCAUGUCAGUGUUAUACCUCUGUGCAAACAAAAUUCAUUAUCAUAGUCACAAAAUUCUCUCUAUCAGGUUCAUGUGUACAUGGUAAUUGAACAUGAAUUUUUUAGUACAUCCAGUCUGGUCAGUUUCUUCUUCAGCAAUUAAGUUUUAGUUUCUAAUUCUAUAAGGUGAAUUUUCAUUUUGCUGGUCGGUAUGCCAUGGAGGCUUAAUAUGGUUGUGAGACUACAAAAGAAAUGUGAGCAUAUGACUCUUUCCUGAUGUUUCAUUUUCUGUUCACCCAAGGAUCAUAUCAGGCAUCUAUUGAGUGGACAUAACUUUAAGGAAAGGCUAAGAUCAUUUGAGUUAAUGCGAUUAAAGUAAUGUCUUGGAUUCUUUGCUUGAAGAGAAACUAUCAAAAUUUACAUUGACAGGGAAGAACAUGGGAGGUUAUGUCCUAAACCAAAUGCAUAUGAUUUGAUAAUUUACUCUUCUCAAUGUUACAAUAUUAUUCCUAGUAAUUAAUUUCUAUGGGAGCAUUUUUUUUAGAACUCCUAAUGAGGAACUGUAGUUUUUGCAUUUAGCCUUUCAACAUACCAAUAAAAAGCAUCUCCUUUUCAUUUGAAAAGAGAAAGAAGAAAGGAAAAGAGAGAGAGUUGCUCUUAGGAAGAAGAGCACAAACUGUAGCACUAAUUACUUGUCCUGAUUUGUGUUGUGGAAUUUAGCUUUGUACUUGUAUACCUUUUGAUUGGUCUUCAUAGAAGUCGAUUACAGUUUGAUCUUAGACUACAUCACCUCAUCAUCAUUUUCUAAAGAAAAGAUUGUUAUUUGUUUAUUUAUUUUCAUUGUGCUGAGAGUCUACUCUUGAAAGGCAUAUGAUACUGUAAGUAGGCUUAUUUUUCUUUAUAUCAAGUAUAACAGAAAAUAGUGCCCUGCUUUCCUGGUGAUUCCAUUCUCCAACAAACAAGACAAAUUUCAUACUCCAAAAAGCAUAUGGAGCAGCAUGAAUCAUCAAAGGCAACGGUAUGGAUGUCAUUAUUGCUUAUACUAUACAAUGUAUCUGAAACACCCUUUGCAAUCAUACAAGCCAACUCUUUACAAUCCUGAAACUUCUUCCGAGUGUAUUGCAAUUUUUUUUUUUUGGGGCAGAUUCUCAUUCUCAUGAAAUGAAUGUAUCCUUUCACUUCCUUUGGUUUGGAUGCCUUUGAAUAUAAAAUUAACACAGUUGUCUUUAAACUGAAUUGAGAUCAACAGAAUUUUCUUUUAUUGAUUUUCUUGAAUGUCGUAUCAAUAUUGCAGAGGAUAGGUUGAAGUCUGGAGUGAUUUCUUUGGCAGAGGUUCCAAAGUCCAUGUUCCUCUUGUGGAGGAGAAAUUGUAAGUUUAUGAAUAAUGAAUGAUAGAUAGUCUAUAAUUACUAGGUUUGGAAUGUCUAUUAGUUAAGGCACAUCUGAAAAUGUCUUUAUUGACUGUGUUUGGUUAUUUCUGUUACAUGUUUGAUUCCUUUUUGAAAAGGCUGAGACUUAUGACAAAUGUUUGCCAAAUGGGUAGGCCAGAAGUCUUAAUUGUUUUUUCCUCAAGGGGCUCCUUUUUAAUGUAUUAUUUCUUCCCCCUUCUAAUUUUCUUGUAUUAUGAGUAAUUCAAGUGCUGCAACAACUGGACUGGAAGGACAAGUUCCUGGCAUUCAAGGUAUCAAAAUCAAAGUCAAAUCCAAUGUCAAAAAGAAAUAUAUACAAAUCAAGUCAAGUCCAACUGUCAAAAAUAAAAGUCAAAUCCAAAUUCAAUUAAGGGUUGUUUUUUUCCUUCUUUUUUUUUUUUUUUUCUCCAAUCAAAGUCAAAUCAAAUCAUUCUCCUCAGUCCUAGUAAUUCCUAACCAAUCAGGGAGCUUGAAUGUACAAUUUUUUUUAACCUCUGUGUGUGUAUAUAUAAACAUUCCCCUCCUUUUUCCUCUUUUUUUAA